GCUCUGAAGAGGGGCGGUGGCGGAGAGGCGAGCUCGCGGAGCAGCUCCGGCAGCGUACUCCGAGGCUCCGCGGGCAUCUGUCCGCAGGCUGCCUGGCUUCGGCCGCUGCGAUGCGGCCGGCGGCGUCGGUGCGCACGGGCGGGAGCCGGGAGCGGGCCUCCGGCGGCCCAGCGCCCCCAGAAAAUACAAGAGACAUCAUAAUGAUAUAUGAAGAAGAUGCUGAGGAAUGGGCUCUGUACUUGACGGAAGUUUUUUUACAUGUUGUGAAAAGGGAAGCAGUCCUGUUAUAUCGCUUGGAGAAUUACUCUUUUUGGGAUUUGGAAUUGCUGAGCUUAAACUCUUACAAAUGUAAACUUUUGAUAUUAUCAAAUGGCCUGCUUAAAGACCUAACUCCAAGGAAAUGUCAGUUUCUGGAAAAGGUACUUCAUUCACCAGAAAGUGUGGUUACUCUGCUGUGUGGGGUGACGAGUUCAGAUCAGCUCUACAAAUUACUAAAUAUCGCUGGAGGCAAAUGGGAGAUGUCUACUGAGCAGGAGCCCCAAGAUUACAUCGCUGUAAUCGAGAGUAUCAUAUUCAGAGAUUCUGAAGACUACCUUGAGGUCAAUAUUCCAACAGACCUAGGAGUGGAACAUUCUGAGGAAACAAGUAAGAGAAAGGAAAUUGAAGAAUUAUCAAAAGCUUCAAGAGAUACCAUACCCCUGGCAAUGGUGCUUCCUACUGAAAUUCCAUGUGAGAAUCCUGGUGAAAUAUUUAUUAUUUUGAGAGAUGAAGUCAUUGGUGAUACUGUGGAGGUUGAAUUUACAUCAAAUAGUAAAUGUGUUAGGACACAGCCAACCUGUUGGAAUAAGACAGUCUGGCGGAUGAAAGCUUUAGAUUUUCCUGCUGGCUCUGUCAAUGUCCGCGUCUACUGCGAUGGAGUCAUUAAGGCCACAACAGAGAUGAAAUACUCUACAACAGCAAAGCCUAUGGAAAACCUACUGGGAGUGGCACGUCCAGGAGAUGGUGUGUGCCAGAAAGACAUUGAUGAACUUGAUGAUAUUCUUACAUCCAUAUUCAAACGUGAGAUACCAUAUUAUGAGUUUCGAUCAUUCCAACCUGAAAUCGAUCCUCAAAAAGAACACACUCAUUUCAAAGAACUCCCAACUCUUCUCCACUGUGCAGCAAAAUUUGGUUUAAAGAACUUGGCUAUUCAUUUGCUUCAAUGUUCAGGAGCAACCUGGGCAUCUAAGAUGAAAAAUUUCGAGGGUUCAGAUCCAACACAUAUUGCUGAAAGGCAUGGUCACAAAGAACUCAAGAAAAUCUUUGAAGACUUUUCAAUCCCAGAAGUUAGCAGAAAUGAUGAGCAAGAAAAUGACUAUGAAGAUGAUAGUACCUCACUACUUACAUAUUCUCCCACCACACAGAACCCAGCAUUUCAUCGCGCAAGCGGGCGGACAUCAUACAGGCGGCGUGCGGAAGGAGCUGAGGCCGAUGGACUGGCGAAGGAAGAAAAAGAGAAUGCAGGGGGCACAGAGGCCGAGCAGAGCCUAGCAGAGGUUGGCGGUGGGAAUUCUGUGAACGAGUAUGAUAAUGGCUUGUAUGUGUUCAUUCCUGGAGACAAUCCAGAACAUAAUUCACCAGAGCCACUCAUGAGCUGCAGACCCCCUCUCCCCCCGCCACGACCUGUGGCUGCUGCCUCCCAACUGGAAACACCGCCCUGCACGUUACAGGCAGGAAAAAUGGUGGAAGGCCAGACGGAAAGAAGUCAAAAUUGGCGUGAUCUCGGAGCAAGACAAGAAACAGGAGGUGACCCCAAAGAAGAAGAAAAGAAAGAAGAUGAAAAGGAGCAGGGGAAGGAGGAAGACCCAUACACGUUUGUUGAGACUGAAGACAGUGACUAUGACGUGAUACUGGCCAAUAUGAGUACAAAGAAAAAAUUGGGGAGUCGGUCUUUUAUUAUAAACAGACCUCCUGCCCCUACACCUCGACCCACAAAUAUCCCUCCAAAAGAGGAAACCACACCUUACAUAGCUCAAGUGUUUCAACAAAAGACAGCUGGAAGACAAUCUGAUGGUGACAGGUUCCAUGGUCCUAAGAGACAAGACAGAGCUCGGAUGGAAAGUCAAGCCUUUUCCACUGUGGACUGUCUUGCUGCUGGGCAGGAAGAACUCAUCCUCUUGCAGGAGAAGGUCAAAAAUGGGAAACUAUCUGUGGAUGAAGCCCUAGAGAAAUUUAAACAUUGGCAGAUGGGAAAGACUGAGCUGGAGAUGAUUCAGCAGGAAAAACUACGCCAACUACGAGAUUGCAUUAUUGGGAAAAGGCCAGAAGAAGAAAAUGUGUCUGAUAAACUCACCAUUGUGCACCAUCCAAAUGGUAAUGAAAGUGCCCGCAACGAAAAUAUGUUGUAUAACAUACCCUUCCGCAAUAAGCUUCCUACUCGACUCCAAGUUGAAAAGGAAUUUGGUUUCUGAUGCAGGAAAGAUUACUAAAGAAGACUGUGAGGCUGAGUGGAGUAGAGCACGCCUGACACCAGCGCUUAAGACAGAGUCUUAUCUACUAGAUGCGGUGGUCCCCAGAGAAGACUCAAGACAGCCUUCUGACCCAUCCUAUUCACCUUGGAAUUAGACGCUACGGUUUUCUUAAGACUAAGGGCCAUUACAGGUUUUAUGAAGAAACAAUACACAGCUGGGAAUAAGCUCUUCUUGAAAUGAUGCUAGUUACCUGGCGGGCGCUGAGCACCAUAGUUUGAUGUCCCCCAAGGAAAGGGCAUGACAUUAUCAAUGUUACCAGAAAAGUAGGCACUAAUCAUUUGGUGCAUUUUUACAUCUUUGUUUUCCACAGAGAGGGGAAGCAUUAGAUUGGGCAGUGUGCUCAGCCUCCUUUAUUAGAAAUACACUGAACUUUUACCUUUAAAAUAUCUGUACUCUUCUUUAGCCAGCAAUCCCAUCUUCAUGAUAGCUCUCACCCUUCCUAAAACAUCUCUGUAGUUAUUUGGAGGAACCCUCAUGAUAAUAUAUCACAUGUGCUUCUGCUGUGUCUUUUGCUAGUUGCUUUGUGAAGACACUGCCCCUCCUAAGAUGACUGCCACCCACAGGUGACCCACUUGAUUCUCAGCCAAAAUUUCAUGGGAAUAAAAGAAGAUGCCCUUUACCCAAUUUGGUGUGGCAUUUGGUCACCCGGACCCAGAAGAUUCUCUACUUUUAUUUAAAGUUUUCCCACGGUUUGUAUAAACAUAGUAACUUCACCUGCUAUGAAAAACCAAGCCCCUAGGGAGGCAGAGGCCAUCCCCUUCCUUCCAUUGUCCUUACCUAAGAGGAUCUCCUGUUACAGUUUUUUCCUCUCAAAAUUUGUAUCUUCUAAUUCCUUGUUUUAAGAUUAUUUGUUUGUUACUGGCAUUCCUUCUAGUACUGAUAGCCGACGGGUAACAUAGAAGACAAAGCCCAAUCUUGCUUUUUUAUGAACUUGAGCAUUGUUUUAAUCCCUGAGAAGUUGAUCAUUUUAGUUUGGUGCCAUAGACUUUACCUUCCUGCAGCAAACAUUUGUCACAUUUGGUGGUCCACUAUCUGGCUCUUCCCUCUUCCUAUUGGCACUGCCAUCAUUCUUUUGAGAAAAUUCCCAGUUGACUAAAGUUUUAACGAGAAAGAAAUUCCAACUUUCUCCGGUGGCAGAUUCUUCUUCAGUUCAGUCUUGGCACAGUCAGCUUCCUAAAUUCAAGCAGACAUUCAUUCCUGAGAUGCUGAUUCAGUGGUUGAAGUCAGACUAAUCUUGGGGUGGGGGCAGACUAGAGGUCAGACUCUUCCUGUAGCAUGACCUUGGCUGCAGUUUUGCCUGCUUCUCCCCCAGAGGACCCCUAAUUCCCAUUCAUUUUCCUAGCUCAGUCCUCCAGUCUCCCAUUUAUUACGUCACUUCCCAGUAUCUUCCCAGUAAAUUCCCAUCUGCUCUAGAUACCCUAGAUUGGAGAAAUCAAAACCACAUAGAUUUUGGAUUGAACGUAUCCCCACAAAAGAUAUGAAGUCCUAACCCCCAGUACCUAUGAAUGUGACCUUAUUUAAAAACGGUCUUUGGAGUAAUCAAGAUAAGGUGAAGUUGUACUGGAGUAGCGUGGGCCCUUAAUCCAGUAUGAAUUGUGUCCUUAGAGAAGAGGAGAGACAGACACACACAAGGAAAGAAUACCGUGUGAAGACACAGAGACAUGAGACAAGAGUGUCUUUGGAAGUGCUACAGCCUCAAGCCAGGGACAGCCAAGGACAGCUGACAAAUCACCAAAGAUAGGAAGAGCCACGGAAGGCUUCCCCCCUCGAGGUUUCAGAGGGAGCGUGGCCCUGGCAACAUCUUGAUUUCAGACUCCUGGGCCUCAGAAUUAUGGUGUAUACUGAGGUCUGUUUAAAGCCCCCAGUUGGUGGUACUUUGUAACAGCCUAGAAAAUAUAUAAUUUCAAUUCUCACGAAUGACAAUUAUGUACCAUUGGUUAUGCUAUUCCCUCAAGAAACUCAUUAUAUAUCCAUAACACAGAAAUACUUUCCUAGAAAACUGGUCAUAUAAUGUUUUUCACCUGCCCAACCCCAAAUUUUGCAUACAAUAAACCUAUAAAUAAGAAUCCAAUUAAAACAUGCAAAUGAACAGCAAGCAUUGGGCAGAGUGGGAUUACCCUAAGAACUUAAGUAUUUUCUGUCUUACCCUCUUCUCCCCAAUACUUUUCUCAUCUUGUUAUCCACUCAUGAAUAAAAUGUCCCUCAUACCAUCAACCAGGACACUUUCU